GCAUCCACAUCAACUUCCAUCGCCGCCAUGCCGUCAUUAUAAGCAUCAAUCCCUGCAAAUUAUGUUCAUUUACUCGCUGCUACCAACGGAAGCGGUGAGGCACGCGGCCGGCGACACUGUUCUUGGGUUGCAUGCGAAAAUUGAAACCGGCUGAAUGUUACGUGUGUGUGUUUAUGUUUGUCUGUGUAAUUAUCUGACUUCUUUACCAGAAGAACAUAUGCACCACUGCUCAUUAUUGCUUAUAUUCUUUCGAGGGAAGAAGCUCGCUGGAGUAGUGAGCCUGACUAGAUUAAAUCUUGAUUCUUGAGGGAGCUGUAGCUGGAUCGAUUUGAUGCCAUUCAGGGUGAGGCAAAAUAAUUUCUUCGUUCAUGGUUAGCUGUCAUGAAGAAUUCUUAUGUGCUUGAGAGUAUUCUUGAUGCAUAUCAUAGCCCCCAUACUGACUAGUGGGUCUUUUGCAACCCAAAAGCAUAAGAAGUAAGCAUCUUUAAUAGUGAAAAGGGCUUCCUCAAUCAAUCAGUGGAUCAAUAGUGAGACUUUGAGUUAUAAAGAUUGUGUAUUAUCUUGUGUGGUUUUAUCUACAUCCAAGUCUCAUAUGGUUCAUGUUUUUUCUUGAACUAGAACUCUUAUGUUUAGGUUUCUGAUAGAGUUGAAAGAGACAUUUAAGGAGUAUAUAGCAGCUAUACAUAGCUGUCAGACCCAAGGAUUUGUAUUUUCUGAGCUUAACAAAUAUAUUGCGCAGGUGGACGUUGCAACAUGGCUUUCUUGGAUCUCUUUAUUACUUCAUCAAUUCCUGUCCUGAAAGUGCUUUUGGUGACUGGAUUGGGAUCCUAUCUUGCACUAGAUCGGAUAGGCAUUCUUGGAGAUGAUGCACGGAAGCAUCUGAAUAAUAUCAUAUUCUUUGUAUUUAAUCCAGCGCUCGUCUCCAGCAACUUAGCCAAGGAAAUAACAUAUGAAAGCAUGGUAAAGAUGUGGUUCAUGCCCUUUAAUAUCCUUAUCACGUUUGUAAUUGGUUCAAUUCUUGGUUUGGUGAUUGUUAGAAUCACAAAAGCUCCGCCCCAUCUCCAAGGACUUGUUAUAGGUUGUUGUGCUGCAGGCAACUUGGGAAACUUGCUUUUCAUAAUUAUUCCAACAGCUCGUAAAGAGAGAACAAGCACAUUUGGGGAUGCUGAUGUUUGUCAUGAAAAUGGGAUGGCCUAUGCCUCACUUUCAUUGGCGAUUGGAGCAAUUUAUUUAUGGGCUUAUGUUUAUAAUAUCGUUAGAGUAUCUUCAAGUAUGUUCUCAAGAGAAAGCUCAUCGUCUCCAUCAGGAGGAAGUUGGACAGAACCUUUACUUUCUUCAAGCAAUUCGCCACAAGAUAGAUUUGAGAAUAAGCCUCCUGUGUCUGUUGCUGCUAAAAUGAUGAAAAAGUUAGAGAUACUCGUCGAAAAGAUGAACCUAAAGAGAUUAUUUGCUCCAUCAACAACAGCAGCGAUUGCUGGAUUUGUAGUUGGACUUGUACCUCAAAUUCGAAAACUGUUGAUCGGUGAUGCAGCUCCUCUCCGUGUAAUCCAGGAUACGGCUCUCUUUCUUGGGGAUGGAGCUAUUCCAGCCGUCACAUUGAUCAUGGGUGGGAACCUCAUUAAAGGUUUAAAAGGCUCAGGAAUCCAGAAGUCCGUUAUCAUUGGCGUUCUUGCUGUUAGAUAUGUCGCCCUGCCUUUGACAGGCAUCGCUGUUGUUAAAGGGGCCCUCCGAUUUGGGUUGAUACACAAUGAUCCACUAUAUCUGUUUGUUCUUUUGCUGCAAUUCUCACUGCCACCUGCGAUGAACAUAGGAACAAUAACUCAGUUAUUUGGGGUUGGAGAGAGUGAAUGCUCUGUAAUUAUGCUAUGGUGUUACACAUUGGCUUCUCUUUCUCUCACUCUCUGGUCGACAGUCUUCCUGUGGCUGGUUUCUUGAAUAUAAAUUGUCCUCGACUGCUCGUGCUCCUUUAUACUUUUAGCAAAAUUUCAGCAACAAUUGUAAAAAUUUUGACGGAGAAACUUAAUUGUAAAAUUUUAGCGACUUUUAAGUAGUGCUUAGAAAUUGCAAAAUUUGCUUCCUAGAUGUUGAAGACUUCAGUGAUAUCCAAAUGACUCAGCUAUUUUCUUGGAGUUUUGUUGGAGUUACAGGCAGAUUUAUAAUGCAACAGUGAUAGAUUUGAGAAA